ACGAACAACCAAAACAAAUCCGGUUCGAAAGUGCGCGCACAGCAUAGCAACUGAGUUAGAAUUCGAUUUUAUUCUCAGAGCCACAACAAACGUUCGUAAUAAUCAUCAGUAGCUGAAUACUGCCACCGUAAUUUCGGUCCAACGGGGGGAAACAACUAGGCCUAAGCCUACACCAAACAUAUAUUUUUGGAGUCGACGUUUGGCAUCUAACUCGCCUGGGGUUUCAGCAUCAAGCACAUUUUUCAGGUUCUAUACCCAGUCUAUACAACUGCAGCCUAAAUGAGCGCUAACAUGGGAUGCGUAGUGACCAAAAACCGUGACGGCGGUGGAUCAACAGGGGCAGGUGGUUCUGGCACACCAGUCUUCGUACAGACAGCUUCUGACAACUACCCGGAUUUGAGCCAGCAUAACAACCACUUGGCCAAGUGUUUGACUCCAGACAUUUACAAGCAGCUGUUUGACAUCCGCACGUCGUUCAACUGCGACCUGGACCGAUGCAUGCAGACCGGCGUGGACAACCCCGGCCACCCGUUCAUCAUGACCGUGGGCAUGGUUGCCGGUGACGAGGAGUGUUACGAGGCCUUCGCUCCUCUCUUCGAUCCCGUCAUCAGCGAUCGGCACGGUGGCUACUCUGCCUCGGCCAAGCACGUUACCGACCUCAAUCCGGAUCACUUGGUAGGUGGCGAACUAGAUCCCAAGUAUGUGGUGUCCAGCCGCGUGCGCACCGGCCGGAGCAUCCGCGGCUACGCCCUGCCCCCGCUCUGCAGCCGCGCGGAGCGCCGGGACGUGGAGAAGAUCAUGGUGGACGCCCUGGCCAGCCUGGACGGCCCACUGAAGGGCAAGUACUACCCGCUGACGGGCAUGACGGAGAAGGAACAAGACCAACUCAUCGAUGACCACUUCCUCUUCGACAAGCCGGUGUCUCCGCUCCUGACGGCCUCCCGCAUGGCCCGCGACUGGCCCGACGCCCGCGGCAUCUGGCACAACGACCUGAAGAACUUCCUGGUAUGGAUCAACGAGGAGGACCACAUCCGGGUCAUCUCCAUGGAGCAAGGGGGUGACAUGAGGGCGGUGUUUUCUCGCUUCUGCGAGGGUCUUGGCAAGGUCGAGACAUCGCUGAAGUCUAAGAACUACGAGUACAUGUGGAACGAGCACCUGGGGUUUGUCCUUACCUGCCCGUCUAAUUUGGGCACUGGAGUGCGUGCCGGCGUCCACUUGAAGGUUCCACUGCUAAGCAAGCACGCCAAGUUUGAUGAGAUUCUGUCCAAGCUCCGACUGCAGAAACGAGGCACCGGCGGCGUGGACACAGCAUCCACCGACGGCACUUUUGACAUCUCUAAUCUGGAUCGACUGGGUACCUCGGAGGUCCAACAGGUGCAAAUGGUAAUUGAUGGGGUGAACAUUUUGACCGAGAUGGAGAAGGCCAUGGAAGCAGGUAACAGCAUCGACGAUCUCAUUCCAGGCAGCAAGGCUAACCCUGAUCUGGCGGACUAUCCUGACCUCAGCAAGCACAACAACUACAUGUCCCACUGUCUUACCCCACAGAUGUGGAAGAACCUGAAAGAUAAGAAGACGUCUAGUGGAUAUACGCUGAAGGACUGUAUCAACACGGGCAUCGAAAACCCAGGCCAUCCCCACAUCAUGACUGUGGGCGUCGUUGCCGGGGACGAAGAGUCUUACGAUGUCUUUGCCGAGUUUAUGGAUCCGGUCAUCAGCGCUCGACACGGCGGCUACGAUAAAGAUGCCAAGCACCGCACCAACCUUAACCCAAAAGAUCUCCGAGGAGGCGAAAACCUGGAUCCAAAAUACGUCCUGUCGUCCAGGGUUCGUACUGGCCGCAGCAUCCGAGGCUACGCCCUUCCCCCACACUGCACAAAAGAAGAACGCGCAGCCAUUGAAAAGAUCACGGUAGACGCACUGGCUGGCUUGGAAGGCCCUCUGAAAGGCACUUACUAUCCCCUCGAAGGCAUGACCGAUGAAACUCAGGAGAAACUCAUCGCGGACCACUUCCUGUUUGACAAACCUGUCUCACCGUUGCUCACCGCUGCAAAGAUGGACCGCGACUGGCCACAGGCUCGUGGAAUCUGGCACAACGCAGAGAAGAAUUUCCUGGUGUGGGUGAAUGAGGAGGACCACACUCGCGUCAUCUCCAUGGAUAAGGGCGGCAACAUGAAGGCAGUCUUCACCCGGUUCUGUGAAGGGCUGCAGAAGGUAGAGGCCCUGAUGAAAGCUGCCGACAAGGAGUUUAUGUGGAAUGAACACCUGGGCUACGUCUUGACUUGUCCCUCCAACCUGGGCACCGGCCUCCGCGGCGGUGUUCAUGUCAAACUUCCCCUGGUGAGCCAAGAUCCACGAUUUGAUAAGAUCCUCUAUGCUAUGCGUCUGCAGAAGAGAGGGACAGGUGGUGUAGACACUGCUUCAACUGACGGCACAUUUGAUAUUUCCAACCUGGAUCGUCUCGGAACCUCUGAAGUGGAGCAGGUGCAGUGUGUCGUUGACGGUGUCGAGCUGUUGAUAAAUAUGGAAAAGGCCCUGGAAAAAGGUAAUUCCAUCGAAGAUCUGCUCCCUGCUGCCUGCAAGCCUCGCCCGCCCGCCAAGAUUAUGAGCAGCAACUACCCAGACCUUUCCAAGCACAGCAAUUAUAUGGCUAAGUGCUUGACACCCGCAAUCUACGACAAGCUUUAUAAGCUGAAAACCAAGGCUGGCGUCACCCUAGACGACUGCAUUCAGACUGGUGUGGACAACCCCGGUCAUCCAUUCAUCAUGACAGUCGGCAUGGUCGCCGGUGACGAGGAGAGCUACGAUCUCUUCGCAGACCUUUUCGAUCCGGUCAUAGACGCCCGCCACGGCGGCUACCCAAAGACCGCAAAGCAUCCAACCGACCUGGAUGCCUCCAAGCUGAAAGGCGGUGACGAUUUGGAUCCGGAGUUUGUGCUGUCCAGCCGUGUGCGCACAGGGCGCUCGAUCCGAGGUAUCACGCUCCCGCCGUGUAACACCCGCGCCGAACGAGCUCUCGUGGAGAAGGUCUGCGUCGACGCCCUGGCUGCGUUGGACGGGCCGCUCAAGGGGCAAUACUACCCACUGACGGGUAUGACGGAAGAGACUCAAGAUAAACUGAUCGAGGAUCACUUCUUAUUCGACAAGCCGGUGUCCCCGCUGCUCACCGCUUCCAACAUGGCUCGUGACUGGCCUCAAGCCCGCGGCAUCUGGCACAAUGACGAGAAGACUUUCCUGGUCUGGAUCAAUGAGGAGGACCACACUAGGGUCAUCUCCAUGGAGAAAGGGGGCAACAUCAAGAGGGUUUUCGAGCGCUUCUGUGGCGGGCUGAAGAAGGUGGAGGACGCCAUUAAGAGCAAAGGCCACGAGUUUAUGUGGAACGAGCACCUCGGGUACGUGUUGACCUGCCCGUCCAACCUGGGCACGGGUCUGCGGGCCGGCGUGCACGUCAAGGUGCCCCUCCUCAGCAAACACGACAAGUUUGACGCUCUGUUGGAAAAGCUGCGGUUGCAAAAGCGAGGCACCGGCGGCGUGGACACGGCAUCCACCGACGGCACUUUCGACAUCUCCAACGCCGAUCGUAUCGGUGUGUCUGAAGUCCAGCUGGUGCAGAUGGUGAUUGAUGGCGUGGGGCUCCUGGUCAAGAUGGAGAAGGCACUAAUGGCUGGGCAGAAGAUCGAUGACCUCCUAACUUCACAGGGGGUCUAAACCAUCAACCUCAAACGCAUCCAUUCAUCGAUUUAUUUAUUUACUUUUUAUUUACUUUGUCAUCUUAUUUAAUUUAUGUACAGCUAAAUUACUUAUUCACUUUGGCAGUCAACACUCAACACAGAGAUUCAAAAGCAAAAACAGGCAAGCCAUUAUUUUUAAUCUAUAAGAUCCAGUUUUAGGUUUUACACAAGCCAAAAUGGGAGUUAUUUUGAAAAGCAUGUUCACAAAACUUCAGCCGAUUUCAAUCAAUAGUGAAAAUAAAACGUAUCAAAAUCAAAAUAUUCAUGAAACAGGUUUUUUUUCACCAUCGAGAAAUGAACAUUACAAACAACAGACGGUCGCAACUUCGACAGUAAAAAUAAUGGUCAAUUCGGCAUACUGGCAGUUUAUACUAUACAUAAGCUACAAACGUGAACAAACGGAGCAGCACAUUAUCUAAAAUUGUUACGGUCAAAAAUUACACUUCUAAAUCAAUGUAAAUUUAUUUGUCAAACCACGGAAACUUGUCAUCGUCAUAUGGAUAUUCUUUAAUUAAACAACUCAGCAGAGGCAGCUUUACAUAGAAUUUGCUAUUUUGAACAUGGGAACUAAUUUUAGGUACAGUUUUCUUGAGUACAAUGUUUAAUCAUGCUUCAUGGGGUUUAUUUGUAUUUAUCUGCGAAAAGUUUUGCAAUCCAGUUUUUGGCACAACGUAACCUGCUAUUACCCUUCAGUGUUAUUUUACUACCUGUUGAUAUACUCUGCAUAUAGGCCUUCUUCAAAAACAAACUCUUUAUCAAUAGCUAGCCUUUAUACAAGUGUGGCAAACCUAACCGAACAUGCUGUCCAACCAAGAGAACUUGCAUUGUGUGUGUUUUGUUUGUCAUAAUUAUUCGAUAGAUCUACAGAUGUUUACCAAAAUAAAAAGCAGUGACUAUUACAUGAAAUCCUACAACACUGCUCAAAGAA